AUGGCUUCCAUCACCAUCCUGUACCCCUCGGGCCACGACUUCGAUCUCAAGUAUUACUUGGAAACACACAUGCCCCUCGUAUCAGCUUCCUGGGGCGGCGACGGUCUACAGAGUUGGGAAAUCACCCAGUUUGCCGCUGAUCUGCCUUAUCAGAUCCAGGCUAUCCUCAAGUUUGAGUCGCUGGCUGCAUACGAGACUGCGAGGGCGGGACCCAACUCUGCUGCGGUGUUUGGCGACAUCCCCAAGUUUACUACUGCCAAGCCGAUUGUCUUGAAAGGAGGUAUCCAGGCUGUUGAGAAGGUGGCCUAG